AUGGUAGUGAUGAGUUUUCUGCCGAAUGGGUUGCGUUUUGCCACAGGUCUGUGGUACCUGACGGUGAGCGACUUGGGCGGCGGUGGAGGAGUUGCAGGCGCGACUGCUGCUAGUGUGAUGAUGGGUGUCGCCGCAGCUGUCUCCAGGCAGAUGCGAUGCGUGUGCGCGCUUUGCCUGCCUGGCGCGUGUGGGAGGGCGGGCUUGGACGUCCUGCGCGUGGCGCUGCUGUGCUGGGCCGUGGAGGGCCCGCUGCAGGGGAUGGCCUACUCGGCGGGAGAGCUGGCGCGCACCUUCUCCUGCUCGGCCGCGCUCGCCUACAACCUCACCAGCACGCGCGUCCACCUCAUGGUGGCGCCCUUCCAGCAGGCGCUCCUCUCCACCAAGGUGGACACUAGCGAGGCGCGGCGCGCCCUGGGAUCUGUGCGGGGCGUCGUGGAGCCACUGCGCGCAGAGCUGGAGGGCGGCGUCGUUCCUCUGGAGCACAACGACUACCUGGACGAGCUGCAGAAGAGACCGAAGCGGUCCGCGGAUUCUGGGGAGAGUCCACACGACGCUGGCACCAGCGUCGAGACCAAGUAUGCGGAGCGGCUGGCGGGGCGCUGCCGACAGCAGCUGGAGCGCGGCGCGGACCGCUGUCGCGGCAUGUUCCAGGGCGCCUACGAUCGCUGCUACCGCACCGUCUCCUGGAUCGCCGCCUGGCUGCUCUGCUGGCCCAUGAAGCUCACCUUCUUCUGCAACAUCGCGCAGGCGCUGGGUGGAGACAGGUGCGCCGAGGCGAGCUCCGUGGUGCCUGCCGGCCUGGGAGACGGCUACAGCGCGCUGCAGCGGUCGGGCCGCGCGCUCACCUCGGGCGCUGGGGAUGUCAAGGUCACCUACAGCGUGCGGGCCAUCCCUGAAGAGGUGACACGAUCUCUUCCAUUCUAUGAUAACAACCUUGCUACGACAUCCAACAGUCGAUUAAGAGCAUUUAGCUGCGUCGCCGGAAGCCCCGAGUAUGUGAGUGACGGAAGGCGUGCGCAGGUCCGCGAGGAGGCGGCGGCGGCGGCGCGGGGGGCGGCGGACGCCGCUCAGGACGCGGCCCAGGAGGCGCGCAGGAGCCGCUCCUUCCUGCAGCAGCUGACGCACGCCGCGCGCCUCGUCGCCCGGCUGCUGCUGCUGCGCGUCCUCACCAGUGCACAGAACUACCAUGAGCGUUACUUGGCUGACGUGCGCUGGGACAACUGGCGGGUGACACCCUACUUCCGGUUGGUGGACGCACGCCGGCGUGCCAAGGGGCGCCAGCCGCUGCUGCCUCUGCGGCCCGUGGAGAAGACACGCAUGCACCCUCGCUCCAGUCCACAGCUUGUACGCCGGACAUUCAUGUUACUGCUUGAAGUGCUGGCCAUGAGUGUGCUGGUUCUGAUGGACAGGCUAAUGUAUGAGAUCCUGUCUCUCAUAAGCAGGCAUGCACUUAUCCACUACACACAGACAGGAUCUCAUGACAUGAGCAUUGAAGUAAAAGGAACUGGCCUAAUUGCCAAGAUAGUGAGAUCUAUAGUAAAAGGUUUUAACAUCAAGAAAAGAGUUAAAUAUUUUACUAGCAAUGAAGCCUGUCUUCCUGUUCCAAAGAAGCCAAACAUUUAUAUCAUAUGCAAGAUAUAUGGCACUUAUUUUGCUAUGUGGGUGAUUAUUCUAGUCAGUUCAUACAUCUACCGAUUCCAGAGUGUAAUCUGUGCAUAUUUUUAUCCCAAGCAAGAGAAGAGGAGAAUUUUGUUCCUUUACAAUGAAACACUGAAGACUAGAGCUGGCAUUCUACAACACAUGAAAGCUACCAUUAAACAUCAAGCAAGAAUAAAACAAAUGGAGGUCUCACAGUGCAAUAUACUCACAGUGAUGCGCAUUCGAUAUCCGAAGUACUGUUCAUGGCUUCAGAUCUUCCCUGCAGCUCGAAGGCGCUGCAUGAUAUGUCAACAGAAAGAGUCUAGGCCUAGGAAAGGGCCUUCCUUUAUUUACUGCACAACACCAAACUGCUACACUGUACAUUGCCCAGACUGCUGGAAUGAUGUGGGAAAUGUUUGUUUUGCUUGUUACUAUCUAAGUGGCUCUGCUUCCAGUUCAAACAGUGAUGAUGAUACUCAUGUUCAUGGAAAUGCUGAAAUGGACUCUGAUGACUGA